AUGUUACCGAUUAAACGCAGAAGCAAAAUUGAUGCUGGAGAUGCAAAGUUAUUGUUGGUGAUGUUAAUGGCAAUUCACGUUGUCGCCAAACCUUGUAUUCUCACGUCUCCAUUGACUCUACAAUUGCUACUGGAGUACGCGGAAUGGCGCUCUUGGGACCAAGUGGUGCUUUUCGAUAAUGUUAGCCCGUUCAAUUGCGCCCUUAAUUACGCCCGACCGUUAAUCGAAUGUUUCGGUAAAAAGGGUAUCAGCGUUUCUCUACAAUCGGCAACAAAUCCAAACAUACCGGAUGCUCUUACGAUUCGAACACAUCGCGUUGGCUCAAUCGUACUUUUAGAUGGACUCAAUCUGACAUCACCUGAUAAUAUUAUUCAAAUGGCUUCCCAGAAAUUUCUGUUCAACUAUUACAUCUCAUGGCUUAUAGUAACCACAAGAAGAAACGAUUCCACUAUCGAUACCGUUCUUCGAGAUCUAAAUAUUGGUAUUGACAGUGAUGUGGUCGUGGCUACCUCGCCGCUACCGAACGACGCUACCGCUUGGAUAUAUGCUCAGAAAUAUCGAGACAAAAUAUGUCGGUCCCUUCGACGAUAUGGCGAUCGCUUCGAGUUUGUGGGACCACCGGAAGGACGAAACAUCGAGAACGCCACGAUCAAUUUGAGCUACGCUACUAAAGAGAAUCGUACAGUGUCGUUCUACUUGAUGCACACUUACAAAAUACGUCAUUCCGAUAAUACAAGUCUAAUUGUCCGAUAUCUUGGUUACUGGAAUCCAGAGUUUCACACUCUUAAGUUGCCGAUGAGAGUAAAACUGAGAAGCGAUUUCAACGGUCUUCCUAUUGUCUUUGGGAUUUUGAAUGGAACUAACGACGGACAGACGGAUGUUACCGAAUCGGAGGCCACUGCUAACGAUAUCGCACCGCUUUUGGAUUUUGCAACCAUUGUCACCAAUAGCGUAAAUGCCAGUAUCGAGCUAGUGCCACACGAAAAGCUCGGUACGUUAACUAACAAAGUAUGGAGUCAUCUUCUUGGCGAUGUUGUAGCUGGCACCGUCGACAUUGGUUUAGGAUAUAUAACAAUGAAUGACGAGGAACGUUGGGCAGAGAUGACUUUUAGUCAUCCUUUGAUACGUUACAUGAGAAACAUUUAUUAUCAUCCACUGGAAACCGGCACAAUGAGAGAUAUAUUUUUACAACCGUUCGACAAUCGAUUGCUUGGCUGCGUCGCGGGGACAUAUCUUAUUAUGUUAAUUGCAAUGGCGCUGGUUAUAUACGCCGCUAAAAUGUUGUUGCAUAAUGAGGAUGAAAAACACGUCGGAAUCGGGGAAUCUGCACUUUGGUGCUUAAGUAUCAUGUGCAUGCAAGGAUCACCCUGGACGCCUCGUAGCCCAUCUGGAAAGACCUUGUUGUUAUUCAGUCUAAUAUUCUCCCUUGUUAUGUACAAUGCCUAUGCCGGCUUCAUUACGUCCAUAUUGUCGGUGCAAGCUACAGGAAUCAAAUCGAUCACCGAUCUUCUCUUCAACAAUUUCAAGCUAGGAUACAGUGCCGCCGACGAUACAUACAUAAGAAAUGCGAACGACAGCAAUCUUCGUCAAUUAUACAUAAAGGCGUUUAAUAAUCGCGAAUCCCGUUUGGAGACAAGGACUGGCCUUAUGAAAGCUGUCAAAGGACGAUACGGAUUCUUCGUUAGCGCGACUCUCGCACGGCGAGCUCUUCGAACAACAUUCAUACAGGAACGAUGCAUCUUAAAGGAGUUAAUGCUUCCACAAACGCUUACAGUAGUCGCUCUUCCCAUGGCGAAAAGUUGCCCGUACAGAAAGAUCAUCAAUCUCAAUAUAUUGCGAAUAUACGAACGCGGCGUCUUGGACAAAAUACAGGAGCGGAUGCUGCCGACGAUGCCGCGGUGCGCGGCUUCGGCGGCCUUCAACAGUGCGAGGCUCGCCGAUGUCUACUCCGCUUUCUUCCUUCUGAUGGCGGGUAUGGUCACCGCCAUCUCCAUCGGCAUCUUCGAAAGGAUAUGGAAUAAACGGAAGCAGAUGAAGGAAACAGUCGUGCGCGGUAUACGCAAGCACAAUCUGAUACCACACCUCCACUUCCAUCACCAUCAUCAUCAUCAUCACGAUGGUGGCCACAAUCGCCCCGACGAUCGUCAUCCUCACUUUCAUAUCGCUGCUUCGACUAGAAAAUUACGCGGCUACGAUCCUGCUUAUCUGACCAUGCUGCAGAAUCACGCUCGUCAAGUGCAGUCGUUCGUCGGUUUUCAGGAACGCGACAUUUCUCCGGAGAAACCGAGAGGUCCCGGUCUGGAACCACGUCUGCAGGUACAGAAGAGAUCGAUAAAUCCCAAGAGAGCGUCCUGGUCUUCCUUCUCAGGCUUGUCCAAGAGGAAGAUGAGAUCAACUGAAAGAAUCCCGCCGACCUCAAACGUGGAGAACGUCCCAAUGUUUCCGUUUCGCGAUUAAAAUAUCGUUUUGACAUUCCA